CGAGCCCUCGGCCGCUCCGUAGCCGGGAGGAGCCCGCGGGACCUUCGCGCUACGGAGCGGCGGAGGGGUCAAGCGCCGCUGGUCUUGCGUUGCGCGGAGGCCGGCAUGCCGCGCUACGCGCAACUGGUGAUGGGCCCGGCGGGCAGCGGCAAGAGCACGUACUGCUCCACCAUGCUGCAGCACUGCGAGGCGCUGGGCCGCGCCGUGCAGGUGGUUAACCUGGACCCGGCCGCCGAGUUCUUCAGCUAUCCCGUCAUGGCAGAUAUACGGGAGCUCAUAGAGGUGGAUGAUGUGAUGGAAGAUGAUUCCUUGCGGUUCGGUCCCAAUGGUGGCCUGGUGUUCUGCAUGGAGUAUUUUGCCAAUAACUUCAACUGGCUGGAGGAGAGCCUCGGGCACGUGGAGGAUGAUUAUAUACUGUUCGACUGCCCAGGUCAGAUCGAACUCUAUACACAUUUGCCAGUGAUGAAACAGCUGGUGGAACAGCUUCAGCAGUGGGAAUUCCGUGUCUGUGGAGUGUUUCUUGUCGAUUCGCAAUUCAUGGUGGAAUCUUUUAAGUUCAUAUCUGGAAUUCUGGCAGCACUCAGUGCAAUGAUCUCUUUAGAGAUUCCACAGAUUAACAUCAUGACUAAAAUGGAUUUGCUGAGCAAGAAAGCUAAGAAGGAAAUAGAAAAGUACUUAGAUCCAGAUAUGUAUUCUAUGAUUGAAGAUUCUACUGAUAUAUUGAAAAGCAAAAUGUUUAAAAAACUGACUAAGUCCAUAUGUGGAUUGAUUGAUGACUAUGGUAUGGUUCGAUUUCUACCUUUCGAUCGCUCUGAUGAGGAAAGCAUAAACAUAGUUCUGCAGCACAUAGACACUACCAUCCAGUAUGGAGAAGAUCUUGAAUUUAAAGAACCGAAGGAGUAUGAAGAAGAUAAAUCUGCACUUGUGGAUGAGUAUUUUCAAGAUCACGUGAAUGAGUAAAAAGCAAAUGUUGGAAAAGAGGAAGAAAAUACAUUGCUUGUGUGUUUUAAAGGAAACAAAGACAUUCCCUUCCACACAAACAUAUUUAUUUGAUGUUUUGCCUUUACUAACAUUUCUAGUGAAAAAUGAGCUAUAUGACAGUUUAUAUGAUGGAAUAUAGCGAUCUAUAUUACUGUUUAUAGUUCUUUUGUAAAUACAGAAUGUUCCUGGA